AUGAUAUUAACUCAAAUAGAUCUUAUCAAAGAAGGUAUUAUAAAUAUAUACAAAAAUAUUGAGAAUUGAUCCUUUUUUGAUAAGGGUUGAUAGAAGCAGAAACUAUUCCUUAUUUAAUUGGAGGAAAGACUGGAAAUGUUCCAACUUUUAAGGAGUAUCAGAACAGAUGCUUGAGUUUCAAAAUAGAUUUGGAACUCUUUUAAUUGGAUCAAAUCAGAUAAAGAGAACAUAUAGUACUGAAAAUUUAAGAGGAAUUGUAAAGGAAUCUCAAAGAAUACAUGAUUUUUGCAUUAUAUAUUGUAUUGGCAAUUGAAUGA